UUCAGAAUUUACAGUAGAUCUAGUAGCCAAGGUCGACCUCGUAGCAAAAUGGCAGCUCUACUGAAGUAUGUGAGGACUAAGGAGUUUAGAGACUGGAUAACGAGGUAUCAUUUUUGGGGACCAGUGGCAAACUGGGGCUUGCCAUUAGCUGCGCUUGGCGACCUUCAAAAGAACCCUGAAAUUAUUAGUGGAAAAAUGACACUUGCUCUGUCUAUAUACUCAUGUUUGUUCAUGCGUUUUGCCUGGAAGGUCAUCCCACGGAAUCUUCUUCUUCUGUCUUGUCACUUCACAAAUGAAGUAGCACAGCUAACUCAGGGAGCCAGGUUUAUAAACUACCACUAUUAUAUGACAGAUGAAGACAGAAAGAAAUACCAUGCUCAGUUUGUGGAUCAAGUUGUCCAUGAGAACCCAGGGGAAUUCCCACUGGUCCACGCCAUUGCUCACCCACCUCCCUACAGCGAGCUGGAAAUCAAGAAAGAGGUUGAAGAGUUUGAUAAGUUUUAUGUUGUCAAGCCAGACACCAAGGUGAAAUCCACCAUUUAAACUAAGCACUGAGCCAGUGCAGUUUUUAGAAGUAGUUGGUCAAUGAAAUGUUAUACAGACCAUGUAAAAAUGAGUUCCUGGGGUAACAUCAUGGACUGGUACUUGGGGAACUUUAGUGUUUCUGGAACUACAACACGUGCUGCCUUUUUUAAGUCUGGGUGUUUUUAUAAGCUUGUUUAGUUUUUAAAACGGUGGUUCUCAUUGGUGAUCAGUUGUCAUCAUUAAAAAAUACAUUUUGGUUCUAAUUAAUGCAACAGAUAUUAUGCAAACAAAAAUGGCUUUUUCUUGCGUUGUUGUCAUGGGGAAAUGCAAUCAAAUAUUCUGUAACAUCAAAAACAUGAUUUAAAAUAAUGUAACUAAUGAUUUCAAUCAUAAAUUUUGAGUAAUUUAAAAUAUUGUUAAUAAAAUUAGACUGGCUAUUCAGACAGCCUAAUUAAGAUUGCUUCAUUUGAAGUUGACUUGUUUCACUAGUUUUAAAGCACCAUUGAACACCAAACACUUACCUAUGUUGAAAUUUGAUUUUUAGCCUUUUGGUAGAUAGAUGCCUAUGUAAUGCUGAUACCAUUUUAAAAUUCAUUUUUAAAGUUUUUAUACAGAAAUUGCUAAACUUAUACUAAAAUUGAAACCAUAAGGUAUUUAGGUUUUUUUUCUCUGUUACGUUGACCUAAAAAUUCAAGAGACCAUUCUUGUUAAAUUUGUUUCUGGUUGUUUGGAUAUAAAAAUGUGAGGUAAAGUUUAUUAGAUCUCAUGUGUGGAUCGGGAUAUGCAUUACAAUAAUUCAUUCUCAAGAAUCAUAAUUGUGUGAGCUUGUGUGAUUUUUUAAUGUUUGGAAUUGAAUGAUAGAUUUUUAAAAUUAUUAUUUGUGAGUUGUAUAUUCAAGUAUUUAUCACUAGCACAAAAUAUUUAUUAGUUUGGUUAGUUACAUUGUUAUGAUAGUCUACAAAAAAGAAUAACCACCUAUUUAAGCAGAGCUUUCUCUUCUCUAAUGCUCAUAUUGUAACACCACUGAAAUAACUGAUGAGUCAAGGUCAGUUAGGUGCAGGCUGCCAGUGUUGUCACCUUUUAUUCUAUGUGUGUACACAUUUCUGGCAGAUUUAACAUUUUUAUUAGGAAAUAAACAAAAAUAAAGAAAUUUUGCAUUGUAAAUUUGAUUUACCUUGUGUUUUUGUUUAGAAAUGUUAUAAUUUCUGUAGUUGACUGACUAAAAUUCCACAAUUACAACUUCCUGUUUAAAUGCUCAAAUUUUGCUAGUUGACGAUUCGGCUUUGGUUAACUAUUUUUCGAACACUGUGAUAUUUUGGUGUUUGUUUCAAUGCAAGUGUUGUCAAAAAUAACUAAUUUGUUACUCUUUUGUCUUAUUAGUUUAAAAUUGUAGUCUAUUAUUUUUUGAGUAUUAACUUGCGCAUUUCAACUUUUAGUUUUAUUUAUAUAAUUAGCCCUUUUGAAAAUUAUAUCAUAAUUUUUUAAAGACUAACUUGUUUUGGUUGGGUGUUUUAUAACAACUGUAUCUAACAUUUUCCUUGUUUUCUUUUAUAUGGUGUGGAUUUAUUCUAAUGGUGCUUUACUGAACAUGUAUUGCUUCUGUGUUGUAACUUGUCAGACUUAAGAUCCAUCCAGCUUUAACAUCUGCUGCACAACCUUGUCAAGUUCAAUUAUUUCUCCCUGGUUUUAAAGACUGUAAAAAUACACAUUUUUAAAUUGCUGCAUCACGAAUAGUUUGUUCUGUUUAUUUAUAGAGAGUAUUUUGUAGGAUAAUAAUAAUACAAAAUACAAACUGUGAGUUGUUUAUCAUUUUAUAGGAAGAAUCAAUUAUGAUAAAUAGGAAAUAGAUUAAAUUAUAGCGACACAUGCAGUGACUGGAGUAAAGUGAGACUGAAGCACGCUGUGACAGGUAAAGUUUGACUGACAUGCUGUGACAAGUGUGACUGACACAUGCUGUGACUGUCAGUGCCACAUGUGACUUGUGUGUACAUGACUUGUGCUUUGAGUGACCAUUGUUACAUACUUUUGUUGCCUUGCUGUAGUGGCAGCUAAUUAAUUUUUGUUGAUUAGUUAACAUAUGCAAAUAGUACAUGUUAAUGAGAUGAAGUAUCUGUUGCUUAAAGCCUGUGGUGAGCUGGUCAGCAAGUGGCUUAGAGUGGACAGAGUGUAGUGUUGGCUGGUCAAUCUCUUACAUACUGAAACAGUUUUAACUUGAUCAUUACUAAUACCAGUGUUGUGAACUUGCUUGUCUAGUUGAUUGAUGGAUUUUUUGUUUAUGUUAGAUGUCAUCUUAUCUGGUUGUUAAAUGACAUUUUUUCUAGUUCUUAGAUAUCAUCAUGUUUGGUUGUUAGAUGUCAUCUUGUUUGGUUGCUAGAUGUCAUCUUGUUUGGUUGUUUGAUGACAUUUUAAAAUAGUUCUUAAAUGUCAUCUUGUUUAUUUGUUAGAUGUCAUCUUUGUAUACUGGUAAGGCCAACUGUGUUAGUGUAAAUGACUUUUAUAUUGGUAGUUAGAGAACACACUUUGCUGAUGAAAUACAGGUAGUAUUUAGAUUUUUCUUCUCCGUAAAUCAGUCACCAUCUUGUAAAAUAAGUUUUAAUAUACUGUCAUCCAAAUGUCAAUUUGUUUAACAGCAUGUUUGGUUGAUGUAUUGUUCCACUAAUGUAAGAAAAAAAAAUGCAAUAAAACCAAACCACACAUUUUUUUCUCUCCAACUAAAGCUUGAACGUAACAUUGUUUUUAGUUUUACUAGCUAGCCUGUGUUGUGUUUUUGUUGUUAAGAAGUCAGUAACAGCAUUAUUAAAGUAUUAAUCCCCUUUA